AUGGAGCUGGUAGCUCCAGCUCAUACAGAGGGGGAGGGGGGGAAUGGCAGCAAAGGGAAUUUGUUCUAUGACUAUUGUAAGAAAUCUGGUUAUACAAAGGACAGGUGUUAUAGAUUGCAUGAAUUUCCUCAAGAUUUCAAAUUCACAAAGGGAAAAAAUGGGGCUAUGGCAAAUGUUGUAGCAAACUCCCAUGAUGGCUACAAUGAGAACACUCAUGGUGGUUACACUGAAAAUACAAAAGGAAAAAGUGUGGCUGAACUCCAUCAGAACCAGAUGGUUCAGAGUAGCAACUAUCAGAGAAACAAUCAAACAGUGCAAAGCUUGACCAAGGAGCAAUAUAGCCAACUCUUGACUUUUCUCAACAACAAUUUUCCACAAGGAAACACUAGACAAGAUCCAGGAAAUUUCAUUAGUGGUGCAGUAAAUCUUGCAGGUAGAAUUGCUUGCUAUUCCUCUAUGACUAAGAUUGGUGAAUUGUCUUAUGUGUGUAAAACCUUAUCUGCUAAUUCAUGGAUAAUAGACUCUGGAGCCACAAAUCACAUGACCUAUAACAAAGCUUUGCUAACCAACAUUAUUACUUUAGCCUAUCCUUUCUUUGUCACAUUGCCUAAUGGUUAUAAGGUCAGGGUGACAGAAGCUGGAAAUGUUUAUCUUAGUUCAACAUUAACCUUGUGUAAUGUCUUAUUUGUACUAAGUUUCAAAUUUAACCUUAUUUCUGUUCAUUGUUUGUGUGUUCAACUUAAAAGCAUUGUCAGUUUCAGUGAAUUUUCUUGUCUCAUGCAGGCCCCUUCUCUGAAGAGGCCUCUGGAGAUUGGUAGGGCCAGCAAUGGUCUCUAUUAUGUUUGUCCUAGAUGUCACAACCACAGUUCAACUCCAGGCCUUUCAUCUGAUUGUAGUAUUCCAUCAAACUUGUCAUCUUUUACUUGUUUUCCUGUGACUAGUAAACAGGCUUCCCCAUCCCAUUCCCAUACCACUGUACAUAAUGCACAUUCAUCAAAUAAAGAAGCUUGUUGUAAUUUGAAUACUGUAUCUCAUAUCCAAAAUGCUUAUGUGUCUAAUGUGUAUGAUACUAUUUUUCCAUCUACAUAUACAUCUCAUGGUCACAGUAAUGAUCUUUUGUGGCACCAUAGGUUAGGCCAUGUACCCUUUGUGAGAAUGAAAGGUAUCCCUUCCUUAUCACAUUUACCUGCAACUCAAUCAUUUGUGUGCACCAUCUAUCUUAUGGCUAGACAAGCUAGAUUACCUUUUCCUAAGAAAACCUCACCAAGUAGCUCCCAACCUUUCGAACUCCUACACCUAGAUAUGUGGGGACCAUAUCAUAUUCCCACUUAUGACAAAUUCAAAUAUUUUCUCACUUUGGUUGAUGAUUUUAGUAGAUCAACCUGGACAGUGCUUCUAAGGUGCAAGAGCAAUGUCCUUAACACUAUCAAAGCCUUUGUCACUCUCACAGAAAACCAGUUUGCCACCAUAAUCAAAACCAUAGGAACAGAUAAUGGUCUCAAAUUUGUAAACAAAGAAACAACUCAGUAUUUUCAAGAUAAGGACAAAUUUGAACCAAGAGCGAUUCCACAUAUCUUUGUGGGAUACCCUUUUGGUUCCAAGGGGUACAAGGUUCUAAACUUGGCCACAAGGAAGUUACAUGUGUUCAGAUAUGUCGUUUUUCAUGAAAGUGUCUUUCACUUUACUUUACCUACUGCUUCUUCUGGUUCUUCUCUUACUACUUUUCCUUCUGUUGUGAGGAUGCUCAAUUCCGAUUCUCCUCAUUUGAAUGUUGGUACAAAUAAUAUACACACAAGUAAUGAUAAUGCAAGACAGACUGACAAUUAUGUUACCUCUGAUCAUAUCACCAUCAAUGAUUCCACCACAUCCAAUGGUUAUACCAAUCCAACUUUAGGUGACUCUAGUGUGGUUCCAGUUGACCCUCCAUCAGAAAGCACUUCUUCCAUACCUACUACUUCUCCCACUUCCCAUUUUAACACCCAGCAUGAUCACACUGAACAACUAGCUUUUGAACCUAAAAGGACAUCUAGGACCCACGUCACCCCUCCUUAUCUUCAAGCCUACAACUAUAACUUGCCAAACCUUCAAUCAUCUCCUCAUAAUUCCUCCCUCAUGACCACCAGCCUUUCACAACCUCCUUCCUAG